UGGUCCCGCCCCUUUAUCGCCUGCCCCCUGCGCUGCCCAUCAUGCUCAGUUGUCCAGGAGAUGAAGAAGAGGCUGGCUGAGCAAAGGAAAGGGAGGAAGAGGACCCUAAGCUAAGGAAUCAGUCAGCAGAAACCCAGGAAGAGGCUCCGCCCUUUGAUCUGUGACAUUCCUGGGGGCAGAGAUGGGCCAGCAGUUCAGCUGGGAGGAGGUGGAGACGGAGGGUGAGAUGGAUGUGGGGGAGCUCCAGGAGUGGUACAAGAAGUUCGUGGUGGAGUGCCCCAGUGGCACACUCUUCAUGCACGAGUUUAAGCGUUUCUUCAAGGUCUCAGGCAACGAGGAGGCCGCCCAGUAUGUAGAGGACAUGUUCCGAGCCUUCGACAAGAACGGGGACAACACCAUUGACUUCCUGGAGUAUGUGGCAGCCCUGAACCUGGUGCUGAGGGGCACCCUGGAGCACAAGCUGAAGUGGACCUUCAAGAUCUAUGACAAGGACCACAAUGGCUGCAUCGACCGCCUGGAGCUGCUCGACAUCGUGGAGGCGAUCUACAAGCUGAAGAAAGCCUGCAGGGUGGAGACGGAGGCUGAGCAGCAAGGCCAGCUGCUCACACCUGAGGAGGUCGUGGACAGGAUCUUCCUCCUGGUGGAUGAGAACGGAGAUGGCCAGCUGUCUCUGAAUGAGUUUAUUGAAGGUGCCCGUCGUGACAAGUGGGUGAUGAAGAUGCUGCAGAUGGACGUGCACCCCCGUGGCUGGAUCUCUCAGCAGAGGCGGAGAAGCGCCAUGUUCUGAGGGGUUUGGGGCCCUGGGAGCCCUGUAGGAGCCCACAGGGCCCCCCUCCGCCCUGAAGACGCUGGGCUUACCAGGUUUCCAGAGUUGUGGGAGGGCCCCUGGCUUAGCCUGCUUAUGCCCACACUUAUCCUGUGAAGGGGUUGGGGCCACGUGGGGAGGGGGAAGGGCUAUUGGUCUGAAGCGGCCAACAGGGCACCAUUCAUUGGAAGGGUUUACUAGGGUGGUGAAGGGAAUGGCUUACACAACCCCUCCAGCUGCUCGUGGGAGAACUCUGCCUUGGUUGGGUGGUUGUGGGGCUCCCACAAAUUCCUACAUGGUUCUUAGCUGGAAGCAGGGGCACACUGAGAGGUGGGGUCCCAUAGGCCAAAUUAACAAUCAGAAUGCCCACAGUGUGUGAAGCAGUGUGGUAGAAGGCAGGGGCUGAAAGGCGGUGAGUCUGAAGACGUGUAGGAGUUGGUGGUGGGCUGGAUUUUAAUUACCUCCCCCCAGGAUCCUGACGAGUGUUCAUGGGAGGACGCUUGGCUCCUCUUCCCCAAGUUGUCCCCACCAGGGGUGUCCCCAAGGGGAAGCUGCAACAAAUCAGGCUGUGGUCUCCUGCCCUUGGAGGGGUCAGCUGUGCUUAAAGGGGCUGUUCCAGCUCCGCCUGGAGCUGCUCCUCCAGUCCCUGCUUCCACCUCCCCCUCCCAACCCCUCAUCCCCCACACUCACCUCUCCAACCCCCUCCCCAGCACGAGCCUUCCACGCUUCCCAGCCACAAGCUGAAUGUGCCUCUUUAAUGGAUGGAGAAACCUUCCCUCUGUCUCUGGGGAGACUUGGGGGCUCAACGACCUGGGUUUGAGGUCAGGCUUUGCCACUUCUCUGUCCUGACCUUGGUUCCCUCCUCUGCAUGGUGAGCAGGUUGGACUAGACCAGCAGUUUUUAGAUAUUAUUUUUUUAGCUGGGAUUAUUUUUGUUAUACAAACUGUUGUGUGCAACCCCAACAUAGAAACUAGAUUAAAAAGGAGGCGCUCUAGUUGAAGAGGGGCUGGGCAACUCAGACCCCUCCCACCCCUGGAGCCAGAGGCACCUCUGAAAACACAAAUUAAAAAACCAGGGUCACCUGGACCAGUGUUACCCCUGUGAGACCAUUUAAAGUGGUACCUGGAAAAACAGUUGCUUUACUUUGAAUAGAUAUGUUUUUAUGUUGAUGUAUGAAAAAUAAAACUAACUUUGUUGAACCUUUGA